AUGGAAGCCAACAACAAGGAUAUUAAUCUCCUGGAGAAAUCCAUUCGUGAAAAGGAACUCCAGGAUGGUAACAAUACUGAUUCUGAUUCACAGACCGAAGUAUUGCGGGCUGCUGGUAUAGGCAUAGCAAAAGAUGAUCCUACUGAGCCAAUUCUCACUCUACGUAUGUGGGUGAUAGGAAUUGCCUUUUGCGUGGUGGUUAGCGGGCUGAACACACUUUACACGCUCCGUGCCCCUUCUUUGACAAUUUCGGGCUCGGUGGUACUCUUUUUGGCCUAUCCCCUAGGAAAGCUUUGGGAGAAAGUAAUCCCAAACUGGACGCUUCCGCUAGGACGAUUAGCAUUCGAUCUCAACCCGGGCCCUUUUAAUACAAAGGCAAGUGCUCUGGGAGAAAAGGGUUACAGGGAACAGUCUAACAAGGAUUCUCCAGGAGCACGUUCUGAUCUAUAUAAUCAAAUGUUUUACGGCUACAAGGCAGGAUGGGGAUUCCAAAUUCUCAUUACUUUCUCUACAUUUUUCAUCGGAUUCUGUCUUGCGGGACUAUUCCGGGCGAUUGUAGUAGUUCCUCAAGAGCUGAUCUGGCCUGGGGUUCUGGGCGUUACUGCGUUGACCACAACCCUACACCAUGUCAACCAGGAACGAGUGCAAGUGCGUUACAAUACGUGGAAAAUGUCUCGCUAUGCCUUCUUCGCUAUGGCACUUUGCAUCUCGUUCUGCUGGUAUUGGUUUCCGGACUUCAUCUUCCCGGCGCUUAGCUAUUUCAGCUUUCCGUGUUGGAUCAAACCUGAGAGCAAAGUAGUCAAUCAGAUAUUCGGAAUGCAUUCUGGAAUGGGACUGUUACCGAUUACCUUUGAUUGGAGCCAAGUAUCUUACGUUGGAUCUCCUUUGCUCAUUCCUUCAUGGGCAGUUCUCAACGUCUUCAUUUCCCUAGUGUUCUGGAUUUGGAUUGUGGCUGUUGCUUGUUACUAUACCAAUGUAUGGAACACAGGCUACCUACCUUUUCAAAGUUCUCAAGUAUUCGACAACACUGGAAAAACUUACAAAGUCGAAAAGGUUGUUAAUGCGGCCUCAGGCUAUCAGCUCGAUGUUAAGAAGUACCUUGCUUACUCACCGGUCUAUAUGCCAGUUACUUACGCGCUGAACAUGUUUGGGCUAUCAUUUGCCACUCUGAGCGCUCUUCUUGUUUGGGUUCUGCUUGAAAGGCGUCAUGUCAUGGCCGAUGCAGCCAAAAGGGUGCCUCGACUGGUCCUGGAGUCCCUUCCCGGUCGCUCCAGAGAGUACAGCGAGGAUGAAAGAGGGGACCCGGAUGUGCCCUUAUGGUGGUAUUUGGUUGCAUGCAUCUUAGCCUUAUUCAUGUCGAUGUUCGCCGUUGAGUGGUGGGAUGUUGAACUAAGAUGGUACGGUGUUUUGCUGGCGUGUGCUGUGGCACUGAUCUUCUAUCCUCCGUUGGCUUUGGUCUAUGCCACUUCUAACCUCAAGAUUAACAUCGAUGUUUUCUGCCGUAUCGUGGCUGGUUUUGUCUUUGAGGGCAAGGUCCUGGCCAAUAUCUGGUUCUUUGACAUCGGAUACAUCACGACCAUCAAGGGUCUUUACUUUGCCCAGGAUAUGAAACUGGCAUACUAUUGCCAUGCAAGCGCUCUCCCUUCCUACUUUGUUCAAUGCGUUGGAAUGCUUGUCGGCACGCUCUCCUCGCUCGGUGUCCUCAAUUGGGCACUGAAUCACAUCACCGGAAUCUGCACUAGCGCUGCUGUCAAUGGUUUCAGUUGCCCUUACAGCAGCACCCACUUCAAUACUUCUCUGAUCUGGGGUGCAGUGGGCCCUCGUCGCUAUUUCUCGAACCAAAUUGGUUAUUCCGCUUUGCUUUAUUUCUUCAUCCUCGGUGCCAUUUUACCAAUUACUGUCUAUUAUAUGACCCGCCGAUAUCCCAAGUCUCUGUGGAGAAGGGUUCAUGUUCCCCUAUUCCUCGGGGGACUGAAUUACCUGCCCCCUGCGACUGGGAUGAAUUACGGCAGUUGGGCAGUUGUCGGACUCACCUUUGGCUGGUUCAUUCGAAAGCGCCUGCAUAGCUGGUGGAGUAAAUAUAACUUUGUGCUGAGCUCUGCCAUGGACUCAUCCGUGGGAAUUGCCGGUGCGGUGAUUUUCUUCACGAUUUAUUUCACUGGCGCCAGCGACCAUUUCAACUGGUGGGGAACAGAUGUUCACAAGGUGUGUGGCUCCCUUGCGUUUAAUCAUUCCUACUGA